CUUCCCCUCCAAACCCAUCUAACCCUAGAUCUCAAUCUUCAGCAAUGGCUGGUGCUUCCUCGCGGUCGUCGAAUCCCCCGAGACAGAGGAAGAGGGUUGAAGCCGAGACGACGAGCUCCCUCAAGCGAGCCAAGGAUGGCAGCGCCUUCACUCGAUGUGAGGGAUGCAACAAAGAUGUCCCUGUGGUGUUGAUUGACAUGCAUAGCUGCAGUCUUGAUUCCAAAAUCAGGAUGAAUCUUGAGGCGCAAGUUGUGGAGAAGGCCACUGAGGUCGUGAAGAAGCCCGCAGAGAAGAAGAGAGCUGCUUCAUCUGAGAUCAAAGAGAGGAAGACCAAGAAGGAAAAGAAAUCUAAGAACCCUAACUUGCCCAAACGCCCACCUACAGCCUUCUUUCUCUUCAUGGAUGACUUCAGAAAGGAAUAUAAAGCUGCAAAUCCAGAUUCCAAGAGUGUUGCUGUGGUGGCCAAGGAGGGUGGUGAGAGAUGGAAGUCCAUGACUGAUGAGGAGAAGAAGGUUUAUGUGGAUAAAGCAGCAGAACUCAAGGCAGAAUAUGGGAAAGCUCUGGAAGAGGCAAAUGCUGAAGCUAAUGAACAUGAGAAGGAUGCAUCUGAAAAGGAGGAAGAGUGAUAGUCUUGCAAUCUGUUCUGCAAAUUUACAGGAAAUGGUUUGAAUGUCUAUCUUUUGUAUAAAAAUUUUCAAUGGAUUCUCUAUGGGAUGAUCUUAGAUGGCCAAAGUUGAAAUCUUUUGCUUAGGUUUAUGGUUGAUAAAUUGAAAUUGCAUUCAUAGAUGUGGGUGUGCUUUUCCUUCAACUUCUCACUGCUUUUGAACAUUUUCUUCAAUAUUAAAUGGAAGAUUAUUUGCAACGUGUUUA